AUGCCUGAUGAGGGCGAUCUUGCUCAGACGAAAAUAGACGUUCGGCUUGAUAUUCAGCCCAUUUCCUUAUCAGGAAAUUUUUAUUUCACCGGAAGAAAAUAUCUGAGAUCCAAGCGAGCACCGGAGCUAUACUGUGGCUAUAAUAACAAAAAUGAUCUCAUAUUAUCUAUCUCACUUAUUACAAGUGAUAAAUUACAAAAUUUACUUGCAAAAGUCAAUAUUCCUUUGAAAUGGUUCCCUGAAAAUCUUGUUGUUCGUGAUUAUUUUGAAAUGGAAAUAGCACCGACCCAAAAGUAUCAUCCAAUAGUUUUCAUCGAAAUUCAUCUCAACGAAAAUAAAGCGAAAGAAUUCAAUGCACCACUUGGUUUCACCUCAAAACUUCCAGGAGAAUCACUUAAGGAUUACCAAAAAUUCGAUAUCUCAAUAUUUGACGAAAGACAUAUGUCUGACAUUUUAAGUGAUGAAGAGGAAGAGAAAGUUUAUGAUUCAGCACCAAGAAAAUCGAAUGUAAAGCCCAAUAAUAGCCAGGAAAUCAAAGAUCCUUUCGCAGAUACAACUGGUGAAAAAGCAUCUAUCAUCGAAACAAUUAUUGGCAAUGAUAUGGAGUCAGUUAAAGCAUAUUCCAUCGAUGACCUCAGCGCUAUUCAGGAGAAAUCCGAGAAUACAAAUGAUAACCAAGCUGAGAUCAAAGUUUCAGGAAGUGCACCUGUUAUCAUUUAUGCAGCACAAAAGAAGGAACCUUCCCUCGAAAAUACAAUUAUUUCUGAUGAAAAUUCUAAUUCUCCAUUGACCACUACAGCAGAAACAGUUGUCACUGCCAGCAAAAUGACAGAGCUUCCAACAUCAAUCUCAAAUGAUAAGCUUUAUGAAGCAGAUGAUGACAGUUACUCAGAAUCUCUUUCUGAAUCAAAAGCAUUCGCUACAUUACCAGUCGUUCACAAUAACACAUUUAAGACAGAUACACCUAUCAGACGUCGCACCGCUGGAACUCCAAGACAAAGAACACAUUCAAAUGCCAGCCUCCAACUUUUGAAUUAUAUCCAACAGGCCAGCAGCAAAGAACGCCGCAGAUCUGAGGCUUCCACCAAACCGCUCCCAUUCAACAAUAUCUUGGCUGAAAAGGAAUUUGAAAUCGAUGAUGGAGAAGAUAGAUCACAAGAUAUCCUUGGAACACCACCACCAGUAUCAUUACCACAGUUCUUUGAGGGUAGACCACAUCUUCAUCCAAGUAGAUCCCUUAGUUGGUUUGCUCCUAUCAGAAAAUCAACAUCUAACGCACCAACACCAGGACCAAUUCCAGAUCCAGUCCCAGCAUCGCCUCUUAACAAUUUUAGCCCUCUUUUGGCACAACUCAGCGGCAAUUUUGAGGAAGAUGAAGAUUCAUAUACUUCCUCUUCAGCUGUACAAUCUUUGGAAGAUUCUCCAAUUAUUGCACAGUCACCAUGGGAACCACAGAAUGUUCCACAGGAAGAAAUGGUCAACCAAUUAGAAAAUAUAACAAUUCCUACAGAAAACGUAAUGAGAUCAAUCCCAAGUCGCCAGAACAGAUCUCCACAGCAAAAUUCAAAAGUAAUUCCUUCAUUAUCUUCCCAUUCACCACCAGGAAAUAAUAAGAGACCUCCAAUCGAAAUGAGAAGGCAUCAACCACCACCAAGUUACUACCCACAGCAAGAUCAGAUCCAAUCAAGCUAUAUACCACCUCGACCACUCCAAAUUCCAUUGUAUAUGCCAGCUCAGAAAUAA